AUGUUCCGGCCAAUUAUGAAACAACCAUUUACGACUCUAACACCAUCCACACAGAUUUUCAAACGAGCCUUCACCAUUAAAAGCCAACCAUCUCCCCACACUCCCAUUAUCCCCACUAAUUCCUCACGCACCUUAACUCUCAAAAGACAUCAUCCAGCAAUCUUCUCUUCUACCCGUGUCUCUAACCACGCCUUCACCAGAACCUUCAAAGUCUACUCUUUGUAUCCACAACUUCCAGUUGCCACGACCACCGCCCUGGCAUAUUUCUCAUUUCCCAAAGGAAAAAGUAUCUCGAAUGCGACAUCCUACUACGCCGCCCUACCUCUAUCUCCCAAGUUCUCAUAUCAAGAUCUGGAGUGCGAGGUUAGGGAUGCAUUAAGAGAAUCUUGUCGGCUCGCAAUGCGGAGACGGGGUAGUGGGGAGAAGGGUGAGAAUAAUGCUGAGGAUGUGGUUGAGGCUGGGGAUAUGAAAGGGGAAAAGGAGGAGGAGAUGGGAAAAUUAAAGUUUGAUAUCACGGUUGUUUGGCAGGGAGUGAAUAUUGGGAAUGUGGGGAGUGUGUCUGGUAAAGAUGAAGGAGUGGCGGAAAUGAGCAUUAGUGGAAUGGAUAAGGAGAAAUUGGCUGGUGUGUUGAGGUUGAUGGCGAUGAGAGGGUGGAAGGACAUUUUUUGUGUGAGGGUUGGGGCCGAGGAGGGCAGAAUGAAAGAGCAGAAGGAGAAAAGAAAGCUUUAG